AUGUCAUCUCGUGCGCUACGCAAGGCGCAACGCGAGAAGGAAGAACAGGAGCGGCUAAAGCAACUUCAGGAAGAUGCACGUGCACUGGAAGGAGAUGAAAGCGAGGAGGAGCUAUCUUUAAGGUCCGCGAAGAAGAGCGCGUUUGCAAUGCUGCAAGAGCAGGAAGAUGGCGACGUGGAAGAGCCAGCAGAUGAAGACCAUUCAACACCGAACGAAGAGCCUCUGGAGCCUGCGGCACCUAAAGCUUCGUCAAAGAAGAAGAAAAAGAAGAAGAAAGCAAAGGCAGCUACAACGGAGGCUGUUGAGAAGACAGAGGAGCUGGACGAGAUUGAUGCCGCGCUCAAGCAACUGUCAACAAAUGGCAAUGGCUCUUCCUCCGCGACCACGGCAGCGGGUGUUGAUUCUCACGUAGAUGAGGCAUCUCGUCUGCUUGCUGUCGACUCGAACCACCUCCAUGCGCAGAAUGAAAUGCGACGGUUGUUUGGUCGUGCUGCACUUCAGCAGGACGAUGAGGAGCAACAACCUCCACCGGAAGCACUUGGCGGGAAUCGAAGACAACAGCGACGAGUGCAGCAGGUUGGCCUCGCACAGGCUCUUCGCGGUCAGCGACAAGGAGGUCGAACUGGUCUGGCGGCCAUGGCUCUACGACGCAACAUCUUCAUUCAAGGAAAAGAGGAGUGGCCGAAUGCGACUGGAGGUGGUCUUGGCAUGGAAGUGGAAGAGAAGCGAGCGGACGGCACGGUACUAUAUCGAUUCGUGCACAACAUGGCAUAUCAAGAUGUGCAGUCACAGUUCGAGACCUGUGUUGCUUCCAUGGACCCUAAUAGGCUUGUUGCUCUGUGCCAGAUGAACCCGUACCACAUCUCAACGCUGCUUCAAGUUUCCGAAAUCGCGAAGCAGGAAAGAAAUCACACAACGUCUGGGGACUUGUUGGAGCGCGCUCUAUUUUCAUUUGGCCGAGCGGUACACAGCACCUUUUCGAGGAACCUCGCGGAAGGAAAAGCCAGACUCGACUUUAGACGGGCUGAGAAUCGAGAGUUCUGGCUGGCGAGCUGGCGAUACAUGCAGAAUCUCACAAUGCGAGCCACCUGGAGAACAGUAUAUGAAUGGGCCAAGCUUCUGCUUUCGUUAUCUCCCGAGGAGGAUCCUUACGCCAUGUGGCUGGUCCUCGACCAGUACGCGCUUCGAUCGCGGCAAGAUCUGGACUUCCUCAAUCUUAGCAGGAAUGCAACUCUCAAAGAAGUUCACCGCGCCAUGCCCAAUGUACAGCUCAGUCAGGGCCUGGCUGAAUACCGUGCCGGCAAUAAGGGUAAGGGAAAGCAAGCGCUCUUUACUUCCAUCGGCCGAUUCCCUUGGGUUAUUGCGAGACUCAUGCAAGAGCUUAAUUUGGAUCCUCCGCCUGCGAUCUGGGGCAAGGAACCUCGUUCGUCGAAAGAGAAGCUCUAUGCGGAGCUUUACGCGACUCGAGCAAAAGACCUGUGGAACACACCCGAGAAUACAAGCCUUCUGAUUGAGAUUGCAAGCGCGCUGCCGUCUGACACGCCUGCAGCUGCCAUUGACGCCGACGAAGUCACACGUAACGAAGCCAGACACGUUCUUCUGUCAGACACACCGGCACUUAUCGCCCUUAUUCCACGCAAGUUCACCCAACAGAUGGACAGCGCGUCGGAUCCUCUUCCACCCGAAGACGCCUAUCCCGCCGACGUGCAACGCCAAUCUGGAAAUGCCCGAGCCAGUGGCGGGAUCGCUGGGCUGCAGCAGGUCGAGGAGAGUGUUCGCGAGUUUCAGAGUCUUCACCAGUUCUUCGCAGAGCUGUUCCCUUGGUUCAGGAGUCCAGCACAGCCUGCAAGGAACGAAGAUGAGGAGACUGAUGGAGCCGGAGACCAGCGCGAACGACCGCCAGCAGACCAUGAAACGUUGAUGCAGCAGGUUGAAGAGGCGGGUGUUUCGAGGCAGGAGUUCGAUCAGCGGACGCAACGCCUCAUACAGCUUCAAGAUCAACUUUUUGGUGCUGGUGGCGUGGGGACUGAGCUACUGAACCGUUACGGCCUUGCACCAGAAGAUGGCUCUGACGAUAUGCCCGAGCUCGAACAGAGACCUAAUCAGGCUCGGGUGGAAGAUGCUGCCGACGAAGAUUGA